CUCUAGUGGUCAAAUGCAGCACUGUCUGUCACAGUGGGCCGGAAUGAAGCUUGACUGCGCACACUGUAGUAGGAAGUUCCCCUCCAAAACUUUUAGGAACAUUCCUGUUCGACCAGCACCAAAUGAAUGCCGACCCUAUAACGCUUAUCAUGGGAGAGCUGCUCUGAGAGUGAGGAGGAGCUGCAUCAGCUGUCAUGGAUGCAUAAACAAGAACUGAAGGAUUCACUGGUUGAUAUGUACAAAGCUAAUCCUAAAGUCAAUGAAGAACUGAAACAAAGGCUGCCGUCCCCUGUAAAGCACCAUUGUUCAGAGACCACACCACAACUUGGAUCCUCUAUAGGAGAAACUACCUCAGCUACAUCCCAAUGUCAGAGUUUAUCAAAAGCCCUGGAAGAAAAACUCAUACAAGUAUCUAAGACUCCCAGGCCCAGAGAAGGUUUGACGCCCAGACCCCCUCCUCCUCCACCCGUGCCAGGCCCAGUUGCAGCUGAAGUGAGAAUCAUGGAGGAGGAAAGACGGUCUCCACAGAGACCUGCAGCACAGCAGGAGCAGGAUAUUAAUGAGACAGCCAGCAAUACGGUCCACACACCUCACGUCAGCAGGGCAGGGUCUGCCGCGCUCAGGCAUGCUCAUGAGGACCAGGGAAAUUCCAAAGUUACCAGUGACUCCAAAAAGCAAGUGCCAGUUCUGGAUAAAGAGAAAAACAUUGCCUUCCUCUUGAAGGAGCUGGAUUCUCUUAGAGACCUCAAUAAGAAGCUCCAGGACAAGUUGGCGCUGAAGGAGAAAGAGUUGGAAACCAAGCUACUGGACUCUCAGCUACAGGAGGCCGAGCUGGAGGCACGAUCCAGCGAGAGAGCAGCAGCGUUAGUCGAGGAAAUCUAUAAGGCUCAGAGGGAGAGAGACCAGGCUGUGAUGGCUAGACUGCGUCUGGCUAACGAGGAGAGGGAUGAAGCUUUACUUCGGGCCAAGAAGCUUCAGGAGGCGACGCUGGAGCUGGAGAAUAUUAAACCUGAAGAAAGUGAUGUGGACCUGGAAGAGCUAUUGAACAGGGUUAACAGCGCGGACUCUGCCCUCGCUAUCGAGCAGAGCGGGGCGGCCAUCAUUGAACAGAUCCAGAGGGCCAGAGAGCGUCGCUCCCAGAUCACCUCCGAGGAGAUGAAAGCCGUCAUAGAGGAAAGAGACACUGCUUUAACCAGGUGCAAGCGUCUGGAACAAGAGCUUCUUCGUGUGAAAGAGCCAUGCCUUAAUUCUGAAAACAGCACCCGCCACCUGGCCGCCCCAAACAAUCGGGAACGAAUGAGCAAGUCUCUACAGCUUGAGGAGGAGCUUCAGGAAGCCCAGAGAGAACGAGAUAAAGCCCUGGUGCUCAGUCACACGCUGGAAGAAGAGCUACAAACCUUACGCAGUGUUCUGCAGCAUCAGGCUGAUGAGACCUGUCUGGACAGUCCAGCCACUUCAAACCAAAGCCAGAGCCAGAGCCAGAUUCAGCCCCUGCUGUACCGUCUGCAGCAGCUGACAUCAGAGCAUCAGAGCACUCAGACCCAACUGUGUCUGGCCCAGGAGAGAGAGAAGGAGGCCAAUGAGAAAGUUCAGAGGUUGGAGCGGUUGGUGGAGGUGUUACGGAAGAAAGUGGGCACUGGCAGUGUCCGAAAAGUCAUCUGACUGACUGGCCGUCGGGCGACCCGAGCAGACGGCCACAUCUGGUGACCAGGCUGCAGCGUUUAACUCUGAGCAAACAGCCGAAGCCUGGCCUGGGCAAACAGAAGGCUGGAAGUGGCGUUCUUUCUCUCAGCCCUGUUCUCAUUCCAGCCCAUGCUCAGAAACGGCAUCGUAAAUGUUUAACCACAUUCUCUCUGCAGUCACCAAUGAAACUACUGCUGCCAGUAGUUUUUCUACUACUCCAAAGGUUUUCUUUCUUCUCCUCUCGGUCAAUUUUUACUUACAGUAUGACGCUAAGUCUGGUUAAACAAGGGAAAUUUGAUUGGACAAUUACUUUGUGAGGUACUGAGACUUUUUUUCUCGCCUUAUAAAGCCAGCUAUUUUUGGACCAAGCUGGGUUUUUUUUUUUUUUUUAUUAUUAUUGAAUUUGUUGACAGACUAUAUAUUUUACAUUUUCCCAAAUUAAUAAAGGGAGUUAAAACAACAUACAGUGUAUCAGUCAACACAAUCAGUAUUUAUGAUCAUGAAAGCUUGUUCAGUGUUAUUUAAUAAUAAAUUGCUUUUGUGCUUAUCAA